UGAUGAUAGAUAAGGCAAAACACCCACUAAGAAAUACGGAAACACUUUCUCUCCAAAGAAAAAGAGAGUGAAAUCAGUGAGCUACUGUUCCUGCUUUGCCUCAACUUCAAAACAACAUCGGCGUCGUUUCCACACACAAAGACAUUAUUAUUAUUAAGAAUCCAACAUGGUAUUCAAAGCCUCUCAAAAUUCAAUGAUACCCCAAUUAACAAAACACACAUACCAUCAUGAUACUAUCUAAGAAAAAUUGAGAGAGACCCAGUUGGUCAAAACUGGAUUUUGCUAUGGAUCUUCGUGACCCGAACCACCAGCCCCGCUUGGUAGGGGACUACAUACUGGGUCCGAGAAUCGGGUCGGGUUCAUUCGCCGUGGUGUGGAAGUCCAAGCAUCGCCACUCAGGCGUUGAAGUCGCUGUCAAAGAAAUUGACUUGAAACAGCUUAGCCCAAAAGUCAGUGAGAAUUUGCUCAAAGAGAUUUCCAUUCUCAGCACCAUCGAUCACCCUAACAUCAUUCGACUCUUUGACGCCAUCGAGACUAAGGAUAGAAUUUACCUUGUUUUGGAGUAUUGUAAUGGUGGUGACCUUGCGGCUUAUAUUCUUGCUCAUCGCAAAGUUUCCGAGGCCAUCGCUAGGCAUUUUAUGAGGCAAUUGGCGGCAGGAUUGCAAGUGCUUCAAGAAAAACACCUCAUUCACAGAGAUUUGAAACCUCAGAAUUUGCUCUUAACAAGGGGGGAAGUGACUCCACUUUUGAAGAUUGGAGAUUUUGGUUUUGCAAGGUCCCUGACACCCCAAGGCCUGGCCGACACCCUAUGUGGUUCACCAUUGUACAUGGCUCCAGAGAUUAUUCGAAACCAGAAGUAUGAUGCAAAGGCUGACUUAUGGAGUGUUGGGGCGAUAUUGUUCCAGCUGGUGACUGGGAAGCCACCAUUUGAUGGCAAUAGUCAAUUGCAGCUUUUUCAGAACAUCUUAACAUCGACUGAGCUGCAGUUUCCGCAAGGUGCUUUAGAGGAACUGCACCCAGAUUGUGUGGAUCUUUGCAGAAGCCUUCUACGUCAAGACCCAGUUCAGCGAUUAACCUUCACAGAGUUCUUCAAUCAUAAUUUCCUAGGGGAGCCCAGGCCAAUAGUGGAGGCUGAGCACUCUUCCGUACUUCCAAUGAUGAAACCAGAGGUUGGGCAGUGCAGUUAUAUUGCUUCUGAUGAGAGAUUGCAAUUACAUUCUGGGCAUCAUUUGAAUUCAUCCAGCAGAAAUCAAGCAUUAACUACAUCUGUAACUAAGAGUGUUGAUGGUGAUGCAUUUUCUGAUUCAAUGGAGCCUAUUGAGAAAGAUUAUGUCAUUGUCAACGCUCAUUUUGCUUCAGUGGAGGAUUUCUCUUAUUAUCUCGAGUCUUCCCUACAAGAUAAAUCCACGACCAGAGUUUCUCCUUGCCCUUCAAGGAAGAGUGACAAGGAUAUAGCUGAUGCAAUGCAAACAAUGGAGCUGACUGGUAGUUCUGUUGGUGCAGCACAAAGCCAUGGAUCAGAUCUCUUAGUGACAUCAAGUGCAUCAUCUGUAUUAAGGGGAGUUCAAGGACUAACCAUAUUGCAUCCUUCGACUAGACUUCUCUUGUUACGUCAGUAUGUUCAGGCUCUUACAGAACUAUCGCAAGAAAAGUAUAAUGCAGGACAUUUUCUAGAAUCAUUUUCAGUUGAGCUAAUUGUUUUGGCUAUAUGGAAGAAAGCUAUUCAAAUCUGCAGCUCUUGGCUGGCUUCCGCUUCAGAAGGUGAAUUACCUGAAAGUAGUUCCACCAAUGAACCCAUAACUUCUAGAAUAGGUGCGGAGAAACAUAUAGAUUUUAGCAGGCCUUCAUCUGUUUCCAUGUGGGCAGAACAAGGGUUUGUUGUUGCAUGUGAUCGUGCGGAACAGUUGUCCUAUCAUAUCAGAGAUAUGGACGGUGCUGCUGAGAUGCCAGAUGCGAUGGAAAUCAUAUUCCAAAAAGCACUUACUGUUGGGAAAAGUGGAGCUGUAGAUGAAUAUUUACAGAACAAGGUUAGUGCAGCAGCAUCGUACUCGAAAGCAAUGCUUCUGCUUUCGUUUAUUGUGGAAGAAGCAACAUCCCUGCCAUUGAGCCCACCUUUUUCAUUAACUGCUGAUGAUAAGAAGCGGAUCCAGCAAUACAUUGACAACUUGAAGUCCCAUCAGACUCACUUCCUGAUGUCACGGCCUUCCUCCUAAGCAACCUGCUGGACUCUCUAGUCAAGUAUAUACUACUGUAGUGAACAGCACUCAUUAGAACACCAGCUUUAAUGGGUUGCUGAUUACUGAAGUAGGUGUCUGAAAUCGUUAUCAGAUGCAAUGAACAAAAUUUUAAACUUUGGUGAUGACACGGAUAUACGUUAACUAUUCUCUAGUGAUGACUUGAUUAUGAAAAUAUCUGACAGGUGUCUAAUAUACAUGGAAGUAUAUAACUGAUUGCUGGCCAUCUAGAAUGAGAAUAUGGCCUUCAUUUCCUGAACUUGUGUAAAUAAAUUGUUUAUUCUUUGUCCAGACAACUUUGUAAAUAUUAAUGGUAAAAAAACUUGUACAGUUUGGAUUUUUUAA